AUGGAUGCUGAGCAAAGGGCUCAACAGGGAGCUGCCCAGAGGGCAGCAAAUCUAUCAAGAGCAGCUCAUGGGGCGGAAAAUCUAGCAGGAGCCACUUAUGUUCCGCCAGUACAUCUAGCAGGAGCUGCUCAAGAUCGAGUAGCUCAAGGGGGAGUAGCUGCCAAUAAUGGUCAAAAUGCAGUUAUUGUGGCUGAUGAUGGAGAACGUGCUAUCAGGCAAUAUGCUCUCCCCCUCUUCAAUGAGCUCAAUCUAGGCAUCAUUAGACCAGAAAUUCAGGCAACACAAUUUGAAUUGAAGCCAGUCAUGUUCCAGAUGCUUCAAACUAUGGGCCAGUUUAGUGGGAUGCCAACAGAGGAUCCUCACCUUCACCUUCACUUGUUCAUUGAAGUGAGUGACUCUUUCAAGUUGCUCAGAGUGAUAGAGGAUGCACUGAGACUAAAGUUGUUCCCAUACUUCUUGCGAGACAGAGCUAGAGCUUGGUUGAACUCUUUGCCAUCUGAUUCUGUGAGUACUUGGCAAGAGUUGGUUGAGCGGUUUUUGAUGAAGUAUUUUCCUCCCACUAAAAAUGCCAAGCUUCGCAAUGAGAUUACUUCAUUUCAACAACUUGAUGAAGAAUCUUUAUAUGAGGCAUGGGAGCGGUUUAAGGAUUUGUUGCGCAAAUGCCCUCGCCAUGGCAUUCCUCAUUGCAUCCAGGUGGAGACCUUCUAUAACGGUCUCAAUGCUCAUACUAGAAUUGUGGUUGAUGCUUUAGCGAUCAUGGCUCUUCUUGCUAAGUCCUAUAAUGAGGCAUAUGAAAUCCUUGAGAGAAUAUCCAACAACAAAUGUCAAUGGCCCACUUCUAGAUUGUCUACAGGUAGAAAGGUGGCUGGUAUUUAUGAUGUAGAUGCCAUCAUUUCUUUGGCAGCCCAAGUGUCCUCUAUUUCUAAUAUGCUCAGGACAAUGAAUAUGGGGAUGAAUCAAUCAAUGCGGAAACCUAUGGGGACACAAAUGGGGAAAAUGGAGAGCAUUUCUUGUGUGUGUUGUGGUGAGGGACAUACUUUUGACAACUAUCCUUCCAACCCAGUAGCUGUGUGUUACAUGGGGAACCAAAAUAGGAAUGGUCCUUAUUCUAAUCCCGACAUCCCAUCAUGGAGGCAACAUCCCAAUUUUUCAUGGAGUAAUCAAGGAGCUGGCCCUAGUAAUCUUUCUAUGCCUCAAAGAUCAAAUUUUCCACCGGGUUACCCCCCACAAGCACCACAACAAAGGCCACAAAAACAAGCAAUGCAAUCUAGCUCUCUUGAGAACAUGUUGAAGGAAUAUAUAGUGAAGAAUGAAGCCAUGAUUCAAAGCAAAGAAACUUCAUUGAGGAGCUUAGAAAACCAAGUUGGGCAACUAGCCAAUGAGCUUAGAAAUAGACCCCAUGGUACACUGCCAAGUGAUAUUGAGAAUCCAAGGAAUGUGGGCAAGGAACAUUGUAAAGCCGUCACUUUGAAGAGUGGGAAAGAGUUGGAGAAGGACGAGACAAAUUCUGGGCAUGAGGGUGAGCCCUCUUCAAUCCGAAUAAAUGAGGAAAUCCAAAAAGAUGUUGAACUUCCUAGUGCACAAAAAUCUGCCUCUGCCCAGAAUGCUGCAGGGAUGUCGCAGCAUUGUCACCCAGAAAGUUCAAUUUCAAAGCAGCCACCUCCAUUUCCUCAACGUUUGUAG